GGCUUACAUGAUUAUGAAGAAUUCGUGCAACUCUGCGCCCUACGCUGUAUAUGUCAGCUAUGCAAGCAAGAUUUGCUGGAAAAGUCCGCGACAUUUGAGAUGCUCACCGAUGUCAUGCCCUUUUUAGCACAUCCUAACGAAUAUCUGCGGAUGACAACUGUAAAUAUUCUAAGUGUGUUGGAUACGAAAUACGGUGUUGCUGAUAUGCUCUGUAAAGUGAUGCCAAAUUUGGAACCGUAUACCACCGAACCAUUGAUUCGACUGAGGCACAAGUUUGCUGUUGCUGCAAUAUUGAAGCCAUGCAUCCCGCGCCCAAUUUGGACUUUUGUUGUCGAUCAUUCUCCGGUGAAAGCGCUGCUCAAUUUCCUCACCGACAAGCAAAUGUAUAUAGCAAUGGAUGGUGGCCCAGAUUCGAUGUUCGCCACUAGUAGGAGACUUCAUCCUGUUUCCCCGCAACUGGAAUCGUGCUUGAAACGUCUGGAGAACUUGGGCAUUGAUCACAAUAUUGAGGAUAAGUUAACACGAUUCGAAAAUAUCAUAACCAAAAUGCAUGAUUUUCGUACCAGCCUGGGUGCUGCUUAUGCCAGUGAAAACAAUGGUACCAUCGAUCUGAUUGGAUCGAAAGUGAAAUUACGAAAAUUUGACCUAAGUAAUGGUCAAAAAGCGACAUGCGUAAAGGCGACCACUACGGAUAAUAAGGUUAUUUUUGAAUGGAAGAAUAUUUUCGGCAAUGGUACAGCAUUAACGCCAAAUUUUGCUGGUUUCUCAGAGCUACCGGAAGCACGAGACACGCUGGAAUGCGUGCUAUCCACGUCGGGAUUCUCGAGUCUCGGGAUCGAUCGCACAUUUGCUGUUCGUUCGUCUGCUUGUGGUGUGAUGCUCUCCGAGUUGUUGACGCACAAAAAAGAGCGUUAUUCGAAACGGCAGCAGUUGCAUCCGGUGAUCUAUUCGGGCAGCUCAUCCGCUCUUUCAUCCUCAUCUGUAACGCAGCUUCCCUCACCACGUGUUGGCUCACUUCGUUCGUCUGCUUGUGGUGUGAUGCUGUCCGAGUUGUUGACGCACAAAAAAGAGCGUUAUUCGAAACGCCAGCAGUUGCAUCCGGUGAUCUAUUCGGGCAGCUCAUCGGCUCUUUCAUCCUCAUCUGUAACGCAGCUUCCCUCACCACGUGUUGGCUCACGUCUUAUCUGCCAUUUGCAUGAGCAUAAGGCACCAAUCAACAGAUUGGCUCAGAAUGCGAACGGUUCGCAUUUUGCAAGUGCGGGAAAUGAUGGUGCUGUGAAACUGUGGUCACUGAAUCGAAUACAGGGUGAAUUCAACACAGCUAUUCGAGCAGAUGCAACAAUUUUAUUUUCAAGCCAACAGAUCAAUUCAGUGCAAUUUCUGGGUGAAACGGGUUCACAUCUUGCUGUUGCUAGUGAGGACUGUGGUGUUAGCAUUGUGGAUGCUCAACGUAAUCAAUCGUUGGUGACAAUCGCAUUCAACAAGGAUGAAGAGGGCAGCCCAGUGGAUAUAAUUGCUGUGGAUAACCUUCUCUAUGUCCUCACUCAUCAUAGCAAUAUUUACUGUGUCGAUUGUAGAUUGCCAGAAAAACGUAAGCCAAAACCACUGUGGCAGUAUCGUAUCAAAAACGAAUAUGGCUUAAUCACAUCGUUUUGUAUUGAUACAUUUAAACAAAAUUGGAUGUGUUUUACCUCAACCAACAGAUAUAUUAUACUCUGGGAUUUAAGGUUUGGCAUCGAGGUGAAUAGUUGGCCUCAUCCGUGUGAUUCUUGCCGUAUGUUGCGCUGUUGGCCAGCCUAUCCAUUGAACGAGCCAAGGUCACUGACCGAUAUCUGGACUGCUUCAUCAUCAGCAUUUGAGCUUUCUCGGUGGAAUCUGGAAACCGCACAGCGGACGCAUGUUAUUUGGCCAUUUUAUAACGGCCGGCAACCUCUUGACUAUUCUAAAGAUGAUAGGCAUGUCACGACAGCCCUCGCUACAUGCCCAUCAACGGGUCGCAUUUUCACGGGUGAUAGUUUGGGUGCGCUACGAUCGUACAAUUUAUCAAAUCCAAAAGAAUGCUUUUAUCUCUCCGGACCGUUGAAGAGGACAGCCGAAGCGAUUUCUUCGGUAUCAGCAUCAAAACGUUUCGCAUCGAUCACCUACAACAAAUCGGUCAAAGAUACGGUGGAAAUUUUAAGUGAAUCAGUUUCGGGAGCAACCGUUGAACCUCUGUAUUGUGUUAAUCCACUGGAAGUACAGGUUAGCAAUUUUGCGUAA